ACUACUAUACCCAAUAUGGAAAAAUCAAGUGAUGAAAACUCUCUAGUGCCAAAAUACUUGCAAGAAGUUGACUUAACUGGAGAAUACAAGGAAUUGAUAUCCACCUUACCAUUAGAAAAAGGGUGGAUUAAAACCCCUUUUCGUCAAUAUCAAGGAUGCUGGAUUGGCUCAAGAACUCUCCAAAAUGUUUUAUCUUGUCAACGACACUUUCAAGCACUUGACACUGAUAUCCUCUUAGUUACCGUUCCCAAAUCAGGUACCACUUGGCUUAAAGCCUUAACUUUUGCUUUGCUAAACCGUAAUAAAUAUCCAAAUAUUCAUCUUAACCAUCCAUUGCUUAGUUCCAACCCUCAUGAUCUUGUUCCAUUUUUUGAACAUGAUCUUUACAUUAAUAAAGAAAUUCUUCCUAAUCUCAACUCAUUAUCUCAUCCAAGACUUUUUUGUACACAUCUUCCUUAUGAUCUGUUGCCAAAAUCUGUGAAAGAGUCAAGAUGUAAGAUUGUGUAUCUUUGUAGAGAUCCUAAAGACAACUUUGUCUCAUUUUGGCAUUUCAUAAACAAUCUAAGACCACAAAGUAUGGAAAAACUUGCAUUAGAUGAGUUGUUUGAGAGUUUUUGUAGAGGAGUGAGUCCUUUUGGACCGUUUUGGGAGCAUAUACUAGGAUAUUGGAAGGAAAGUUUGAUGGAAAGAUCAAAUAAGGUUAUGUUUUUGAGAUUUGAAGAAAUGAAAAUAAAGCCGAAUUUUUAUUUGAAAAAACUUGCCGAGUUUAUGGAGUCUCCAUUUUCUAAAGAAGAAGAAUCCAAAGGUGUGGUUGAUGAUAUAUUAAAUUUGUGUAGUUUUGAAAAGUUGAGUGAAUUGAAAGUCAAUAAGGUUGGAAAAGUGGCGACAGGUGUUGAAAACAAAUAUUUUUUUCGGCGCGGCCAUAUUGGAGAUUGGAAAAAUCUUCUUACAACUGAAAUGGUGGAGCAGUUAAACACUAUCAUUGAAAAGGAAUUGGUUAAACAUGGACUCAAUUUUUAGAUUUUUAUAAUUCUAUUUGAUUAACAGGAUGAGUAAUGGCCGCACUUGCCUAAUUUCUUUCCUGUACUAUCCACCACCAGUAUUAUUUAGUCUAAGCUACUUACUAUGUUUGACAACCUCUACUUUUACAAGAUUGUUUUUUUAUGAGAUUACAAGAUUGUUUUUCCAUUCAUUCUAUUGAUUAUUACUACUAGUUCACAUUAAAUAAAAUCUAAUUAAAAAUUGAGUAAAUGGUAACAGAAAGUAUUCUCGAAAAUAGAUGUAUAUUUAAAUUACAAAAUCAUUUAGGAUCAGUUGUUAGUGACCUCACCCAUAGUAAUGAUUCCUUGUUAAAUUGCUGAGACAAUGAUUGUUUUGUAAUACUAGUAUUAUAGAUGAAAGGUUGAUGUAAUCAGCCGAGACAAUGAUUAUUUUGUAAUACUAGUAUUAUAGAUGAAAGGUUGAUGUAAUCGGCCUCUUUGGU